GGCAACUAUGACCAAAUUGUGCCAACAUUUGAUGAAAUGAACCUGAAGGAGAGUCUUCUUCGUGGAAUUUACGCAUUUGGUUUUGAAAAACCGUCAGCUAUCCAGCAACGUGCUAUUGUACCGUGCUGUACAUUACGCGACGUCAUUGCUCAAGCACAAUCCGGUACCGGAAAAACCGCCACGUUUUCGAUUUCGAUUCUUCAACGAAUCGAUGAGAACGACCCUUCCGUCCAGGCAUUAGUAAUGGCACCAACAAGGGAACUGGCUCAACAGAUCCAAAAAGUUUUAUCUGCUCUUGGCGACUACAUGAAAGUCAAAGUGCAUGCAUGCAUUGGUGGCACAAGCGUCCGUGACGAUCAACGGAAGCUAGAAAGUGGUGUUCAUGUGGUGGUCGGGACACCUGGACGUGUUAACGAUAUGAUUAAUCGUGAAAUUUUGCAGACUGAUUCUAUUAAAAUGUUUGUUCUGGAUGAAGCUGAUGAAAUGCUUUCGCGGGGAUUUAAGGAUCAAAUUUACGAGGUCUUCAAAAGGAUGCCACAGGAUGUACAGGUUGUACUUCUUUCUGCAACAAUGCCUGCGGAAGUACUUGAUGUUACGCAGUGCUUCAUGAGAGAUCCUAUUCGUAUUCUUGUGAAGAAAGAAGAGCUAACUCUUGAAGGAAUUCGUCAAUUCUAUGUGAACGUUCAAAAAGAGGAUUAUAAGUUCGACACACUCUGUGAUCUCUACAACGUAAUCAAUAUCACGCAGUCUGUGAUUUUCUGCAAUACAAGAAGAAGGGUCGAGCAACUUAGUGACCAGAUGACAGCUCAAAAGUUCACAGUUUCGUGUCUUCAUGGGGACAUGGAGCAGAUGGAGCGUAAUAUUAUUAUGCGAGAGUUCCGUUCCGGAUCCUCUAGAGUGCUCAUUACCACGGAUCUUCUUGCUCGGGGUAUUGAUGUUCAACAGGUGUCUCUUGUGAUUAACUAUGACCUUCCCUCAAACCGCGAAAAUUAUAUUCACCGUAUCGGUAGAUCGGGUCGCUUUGGACGAAAAGGUGUGGCGAUCAAUUUCAUCACGGAGAAUGAUGUUAGACAAUUGAAGGAUAUAGAGGCUUUCUAUAACACGGUCAUCGAAGAAAUGCCAAUGUCCAUCGCAGAUUUGCUUUAG